AAACGAGUUCAGACCCUGGGUAGAUGUCAAGCCUGUGAAAGCUAUAAAAGCGAAGGCCCAGUACAAGCCACCAGAGGAGAAAAUGACUCAUGAAACCAGUUACAGCGCUCAAUUCAAGGGGGAAACCAGUAAGCCUGCUCCAGCCGAUAACAAAUUCCUGGAGCGCAGAAGGAUACGCACUCUCUACAGUGAACCCUACAAAGAACCGCCAAAGGUGGAAAAGCCUAGCGUAAAGCCUUCCAAACCAAAAAAGACCGCAACAAGCCAUAAACCCCUGAAAAAGGCCAAAGACAAGCAGAUUACAUCUGGCCGGGCUGCCAAGAAAAAGAGCGCCGAGACCUCCAACACAGCAAAGCCAGAGGACAAGGAGAAAAGUAAAGAGAUGAACAAUAAACUGGCUGAGGCAAAAGAGACUCCUGAAAAAAACACUGGUGCUACGGAUCAAGAACCAAGUACCUUAGUGCAGGACCAAUGCACAUGAAGUCGAGCACUUUCUUCUAAUCGGCAGCUGGAGCAAACGUAUAGUCUGCAUGAAAUGUGUAUUGUCUGGCUGGCAUACAAUAAAGCUGAUGAUCAGAGUUGAA